AAAUCACGUAUCGGCGAUAUUGACUACCCUUUACCUUUUGUGUCCGUUUUAGACUCACAGCGGGCGUUUCAUCCAGCUGAAUAGAUCACACAGUACCGCCCCGGUGCUGGGUACCGCUGGUUUAUAAGGCAGGGCGCUAAAGUGGCCUCUCGUAUUGUGGAUUUAGUGACGAUGGCGUGAAGCGGCGGCGGCUUUAAGGCGACUUGUCGACAUGCAGCGGUGUGCCGUCACGCACGCGCUACUCAGACGCCGCUGGGUGGGGAACCUUCCCGCGUGCUCGGCGGGCGCCAGGAGGGUCCACACGCAGCCGGACAAGGCGGAUGCUAUUGACUUGUCCAAGUUCCCUGUGGAAAGGAUCAGGAAUUUCAGCAUCAUUGCCCAUGUUGACCAUGGAAAAAGCACUCUGGCUGACAGGUUGUUGGAAUUAACAGGUGCCAUAGCAAAAACGGAGAAGAACAAACAGGUCCUGGACAAGCUGCAGGUGGAGCGGGAGAGGGGGAUUACCGUGAAGGCCCAGACGGCCUCGCUGUUUUACACCCACCAGGGCCACCAGUAUCUGCUGAACCUCAUCGACACGCCGGGACAUGUUGACUUCAAUUAUGAGGUGUCCAGAUCAAUUUCUGCUUGCCAGGGUGUCCUGCUGAUCGUUGAUGCCAACCAGGGCAUUCAAGCGCAGACUGUGGCGAACUUCUACCUGGCAUUUGAAGCCCAGCUGACAAUCAUCCCCGUCAUCAAUAAGAUUGAUUUGAAAAACGCGGACCCAGACAGGGUGGAGGCGCAGAUCGAGAAGGCGUUUGAUAUUCCAGGAGAAGAAUGCAUUAGGAUUUCAGCCAAACUCGGAAUGAAUGUUGAGCGAGUGCUGCAAGAGAUUGUGACCAGAAUCCCACCACCGACAUUUAGUACCGAUGACCCGUUUAAAGCCCUCGUGUUCGACUCCAAAUUUGACCACUACCGAGGAGUGGUAGCCAACAUCGCCGUGUUUGGAGGUCAAGUUAGAAAAGGGGACAAGGUAGUGUUGGCUCACCUGGGCAAAAGCUACGAGGUUAAUGAGCUAGGUGUGCUCCGACCAGAUGAGCAUCCGACAAACAGACUGCAUCCGGGUGGCGUGGCGGUCUAUUACGUUUCCUACCAACACGGAGACCACCGGUUCGAAUCCCCAUGUGUGGCUUGGUCAGUCGUCCCUACAGACGCAAUCGGCCGUGACUGCGGGUGGGAAGCCGGAUGUGGGUACGCAGGCCAAGUGGGCUAUAUGAUAGCAGGGAUGAGGGACGUGAAGGAGACACAGAUCGGCGACACCGUUUAUCUCCUGCAGCAGCCGGUAGAAGCCCUUCCAGGGUUCAAGCCUGCAAAGUCCAUGGUGUUUGCUGGCAUGUAUCCCGUGGACCAGUCAGAAUACACCGCCCUCCACAGCGCCAUUGACAGACUGAUGCUGAAUGACUCCAGUGUGAGUGUUCAGAGGGACAGCAGUCUUGCCCUGGGAAUGGGAUGGAGGCUUGGUUUUCUGGGCCUUCUCCAUAUGGAGGUGUUUAAUCAAAGGCUGGAGCAGGAGUACAACGCCUCCGUCAUAGUGACGGCGCCCACUGUGCCGUACAAGGCCGUCCUCUCCUCACCCAAACUCAUUAAGGAACAUGGCGGUGAGGAGAUCACCAUCGUGAACCCUGCUCAUUUUCCAGAUAAAUCCGUAGUGUCGCAUUAUUUGGAGCCCAUGGUAAUGGGGACCAUCCUGACUCCAGAUGACUACACUGGCAAUAUUAUGAAUCUUUGUUUGACUCGCAGAGCCAUUCAGAAGAAUAUGGUGUACAUUGAUGACCAUCGAGUGAUGAUGAAGUAUCUCUUCCCUCUGAAUGAAAUUGUUGUCGACUUCUACGACCUUCUCAAAUCGUUGUCUUCUGGAUAUGCCAGCUUUGACUAUGAGAAUGUGGGCUACCAGCCUGCUGAUCUGAUAAAAAUGGAUUUUCUGCUGAAUGGGAAGCCUGUGGAAGAACUCACCACAAUCGUACACAAAGAUAAGGCGUAUUCCAUGGGGAAAGCCAUGUGUGAGCGUCUGAAAGACUCCAUACCAAGGCAGAUGUUUGAGAUUGCCGUACAAGCAGCUGUUGGGAGUAAGAUCAUUGCAAGGGAAACAAUAAAGGCGUAUAGAAAAAAUGUCCUGGCAAAAUGUUACGGGGGGGACAUCACGCGGAAAAUGAAGCUGCUGAAGAAACAGGCCGAAGGCAAAAAGAAGAUGCGACGCAUCGGCAACGUGGACGUUCCCAAGGACGCUUUCAUCAGUGUCCUAAAGAGGAAGGACAAGUAGCGAUCCUUGACUUGCAUCAUUAUUUAUGGGACAUAAGCAAAAUGUUGCUGAACGAGUCUUUGUUAUUAAAGGCUGAAAUGUAGAUAAUUUACUGAAUAAAUCUGGAAUCAGGUGCACUUUAUUUGUCGAUUCAUUUCAUGCACUUG